ACAGUAUUGUCACUUUUGACAACUGACCGUUGACGUACAAUACUUUUGCUUUGCUGUCAAAUAUAAAAUUUUGCUUAGCUUGGCGAACUACCAACAAAGAAAAGUGCUAUGAAAUAUAAAUAGAUUUAUUAAAUUAAACCGGGUAACCUGUUUUAUUAUAGAAAAUAUAGUAGUCAAAUAAUAGGAAAAUGGGUUUUUUGACGACUACUGCCAAAAAAUUGUGUCAAAAUAUUAAGACUGUGCUAGAGUCAGGGAGUGUGGGGAACGCAUCGUCGUCUGAUGAAGAGCUCGAACAGUGGGAACAAAUAUUCAUGAUGAAUGAAAAUGGGAACAGUUACAAUGAUAAAAGAAAGAAAAAAAGUAUAUGGUGUCGGCCGUCUUGCAUCCCGGUCUCGAUCGUGAUAGUGCUGAUAGUGCUGGUGGUGCUGGUGCCGCUGCUGGACCAGCCUAACGUGACCCACGCCAACGCCACGAGCAGUCCCGUAGCAUUGCAUUGCUCAGACGAGUGUAGGUUAUCUUUAGUGGAAACAAUACCAGAGGGUCAUAUGUACCCUCCGAACGUAACGCAUUUGCCCACUAAAAACGUGUGGUUAGAUUUGAUAGAUGAAGCUCAAACUUCUAUAGAAAUAGCGUCUUUUUACUGGUCACUUAGGUUAAAUGAAGAAUAUCCUUAUAAUUCCUCUAUAGAGGGUGAACAAGUGUUCCAAGCGUUAUACGCUGCUGGGUCAAAAAGGAAUAUAAAUUUGAAAAUUGCUCAAAAUUGGCCCACAAAGGCAUAUCCUAAUAUUGAUACGGAAUAUUUAGUUAAGAAGAAAGCGGCACAGGUGAGGAGUCUCAACUUUUCCAAACUGCUCGGCGGAGGCGUUUUGCACACUAAGUUUUGGAUUGUGGACAGAACACAUUUUUACAUCGGCAGCGCUAAUAUGGACUGGAGAGCUUUGACUCAGGUGAAGGAACUGGGUAUUGUCGCAUACAACUGUACGUGUCUGGCCGCAGACCUCAGCAAAGUGUUCGAUGUUUACUGGAGUAUGGGCGCGCCGGACGCGGCGGUGCCGGACGCGUGGCCGGCGGAGCUCCACACCGACAUCAACAUGAGGCACCCGAUCAACAUCUCCGACGCUAAUCACAGCUACGGCGCGUUUAUUACUUCUUCCCCGCCGCCGUUUAGCCCCGAGGGUCGCACCGACGACGCCGAAGCGAUCGUCUCCCUCAUCGAGUCGGCCGAGCAGUUCGUCUACAUAUCCGUGAUGGACUACCAGCCGGCUUGUGUGUUCACGCCUAAACUUUUGUUCUGGCCGAAGAUCGACGACGCGAUCCGGAAAGCGGCGAUCGAGCACAAGGUGCGCGUGCGCAUGCUUAUCAGCUGGUGGAAGCAUUCGAGCGGCUCCGAGGACUACUACCUGCGGUCACUCGCCGCGCUGUCCGGCGCCGUGCCCGGAGUCAGCAUACAAGUGAAACGUUUCAUAGUCCCGUCAACGCCAGACCAAGAGAAGAUACCGUACGCGCGCGUCAACCACAACAAAUACAUGGUGACAGACCGCGCGGCCUACAUCGGCACCUCCAACUGGUCCGGGGACUACUUCACCAACACUGCAGGGGUCGCGUUAGUGUUGGAGGAUGAGGGGCUGAACACUACUGACGUACGGAGGGAUCUGCAGGCAGUGUUCGAGAGGGACUGGAACUCUCCCUACGCGGUGCCGCUGAGACGGUUAUAGCGUAGGCAGGCUCCGAGGUUUGCAAGUUUAUCAAAAUAGGUAAAAUGACUUAGAGAUCGAGUCGACGAAAUAAGGGAUAUAGAUUUAUUUUACUGAAAUUUUGGAUCUUAUAAUUUAAAAUGUAAUUACGUUUUUGAUGAAACGAAAAAAAUAUAUAUAUUUCUGGUGUACAUUUUUUUAUGAUUGAAAACUGUCGAAUUUUCUGCAAACUUGCAAACGUUAUUCAAUGGAUAUAUGUAUUCUUUCAUAGUAGAUAUAAUUUAAAUUUAGAUAAAUGAAAUUUAAAUAAAAAUCUUCCUUCUAGUAUGAAGCGUAAUGUUGAUAUGCACGAUUGUGAUCUCCUGUGUUCUUACAAUAGGAUAAUAAAUAGUGUGAAAACGUCAACAUAUUGGAUAUUUACAUGUUUUUUUAACAAUAUUUACAAUAAAAUAAUAAUUUUUAUGUUGACCGUACUAGACACAAUCAGUGUUAUUACAAAAAAAUACUCGAGACACAGUUUAAACACGUGUUUAGCUAAACAGUGUCUAAUUCUAAAAUCCAUUUCUAUAGUCUUGUCUAAGUCCUUGCAUUACAAAAUAGUGUUUAAAUAUUGUUUAUCUAAAUACCCGUUAAACCACAAAUAAAAAUUGUAGCAAAACUGAGAAAAUUUUUACUCUCAGAUGUCAAAUUAGUCUAUUUUCCCUCUAUGUGCCUGUUAGUGUGAGUCAAAUUAUUAUUCGUUAAUUGUGUUGUGCAGCUAUUUAACUCAAAAAUAAACAAAAUUAUCUAAUGUACUUGUAUUUGUUGGUCUAUAGUUCCACCUCGGCAAUCACAAGGAAGAUCUUUUUUAUAAAAUCCAAAAACAUUAAACUAUAUAGUUAGUUAUAGACCGGAUAUCAUAGCCAAAUUUCUACUCCACAAGUUAUUACCAAUUGAUCAUAAGUCGCCGUCUUAUUUGAAAUGUCCAUAUGACAAGAUCUCACAUGACACAGCGUCCUUAGAUAUAAAUACAAAAUUAUUAUAUUUACAGAAAAUAUGCUAAUCUUCGCAUUUAAAACAUGAAAAUCAUGAUAUGGGAAAAAUAUGAAGUAUUUUACAUUGAUGUUUUGCUACUUCACGGUAGAUUGAGUACUGAGUGAACCAUCACAUAUACGCAAAUGUUUGUGUGAUAACCUUCCUAAUGUCCGCUCUAUAUAAUCUCUUUGAUAAUAUCAAAUAUUUUGUUGGCAAAAGAUUUGCUGAAUCUGUACUUUUUUUAAAAGUAACUUCAUCGUAAUAUUCGAAUAGGUUCGUUAUUUUACGGUUAUACCAGUAUCAAGAAAGUUCUCCAUGAAAACUAAAUUUUCCAUAUCAACAUAAUCUAUAAGAUUUAGAUUCAUUGCUCGGGCUUUUUUCCAAUUACUACUUAAAAAACAGAACUGAAGUCACAAAAUAUAGACUACCACCUACUACCAACGUGGAAAGCAGUUUUAAGAUCAAACAUGCGUUAAAACACCGUCGGCUUGUGUUUAAAUAUAAACAAUGUUUAAACCAUUUCUAACUCUAACCAAUGCUUAAACAUGAAUUUGUAAUAGAAGAUUUUUUAUUCACGUGUUCGUCGCCUGUUUAACUUUUUUGUAAUACCACUGGAUGUAUUUUACAUUUUGUACCGCAUUUGAUUUUUAACGUUUACCUUAAUUGUUAAUAAAAUUUUGAAAUAAACCUAUAAGUUGAGAUAUUUUUUCUGUGUGGAGCGCUUGUGUACUGAAUUUACAGUUGUAAUAAUAUCCAAGGAAAUUAAAAAUUUAUAAAUAAUUUACAAUUCCAAUAUAUUGAACAAACGGCGAUGUAUUAAUUUCGUUAUUUUUUUCAGUUUACCUUCUAAUACAAGUUUGAAAAUACAAAAAUUUCUUUUAAUGGUUCAUAUCAAUCCAUGAAAAACUAAUUCACAUAAGUGACGUUUCCUUGCGGCGUUAAAUUUUAUACAUGUUUGUAUUAUUUAUUGAACGUACCUACUUCAAAUAAAAAUAUAUAUUUUUAAAUCAAUUAUAUCAAGUCUAAUUAUAAAUAUUUAUUAUGCUUUUAUUUGGUUCAAUAAAAGUAAUAUAAUUCCUUUACAAUUCAAAGGUUGUCAAACCUUCAUAAUAUUAAUAUCAUAGUAUUAAAUUAUACCACGUUUCUAAAUACUUACUUUGUGACCAUCGUGCGACUGUGUGCCUUGUAAUUAUGAUCCGUGAGUAUUCUUGAUUGUGAAACGUAUAUUUUUAAAUAUAAAUAAAUUGAUCAUGAAUAUUCUAUCUUACUAAGAUGUUAUUUGUAUAUUCAAAAUGCUUAAUGGUGUUAAACAGUAUUAUAAAAGCGGCAAUUCUCUUUCAAAUGUUUUAAACCGAAGGUAAUAAAAUAUAUCAGAUAGUUUUAAGUACAUUAUAAUGCAUCAUAUCUAAUGUAAGUAAAUAGUAUAGAAUUUAUGAAACUUUCGAGUGAUGUCACUUGGGUUUUUGUAAUAAAUUUGUUGCAAUUUGGAUGUUUUGGAUUUUAAAAUGUGUAUUUUUAAUGACUUGUUGUGUUACAUUGUCUGAAAUAUUAAAACAUAAUUUCUACAUAGUUGACUUUUAUGCAAAGGUAAAAAAAAUAAUUUUAAAUUAUCAAUGAUCUGUUAUUGUUUUUUUUUUUUUUUUUGGGGGGAUACAUAAUUUUUAGCUUAUAAUUUUCAGUAAACUGUGCAUGUUAGUUUCUUCGAUUUUUUAUUAUUGUACUUAUUAGUUGUAAGUGCUAAAAGCAAUAGAAUGAUUUCAAAGAUGACAAUACAUGUUAUCUCGGAUUUUUGGAUUUGUAAAUAAAAAAAUACGUUACUUUA